CAGAGGGUGGGAUGCCUGUGGAAAGCAAGAUGGCGGACAAAGAAAAGAAGAAGAAGGAGAGCAUUUUGGACCUCUCCAAGUACAUUGACAAAACCAUCCGUGUCAAAUUCCAAGGUGGUCGGGAAGCUAGUGGUGUCCUGAAGGGAUUUGACCCUCUUCUCAACCUUGUGUUGGAUGGUACCAUCGAGUACAUGAGAGAUCCAGAUGACCAAUACAAGCUCACAGAGGACACUCGUCAGCUGGGAUUGGUAGUCUGCCGAGGAACAUCUGUGGUCCUUAUCUGUCCUCAGGAUGGGAUGGAAGCCAUUCCAAAUCCAUUUAUCCAACAGCAGGAUGGCUAGCCUCUUUCUUGAACACUCGAGAGGACUGCCAGAGCUACCCCCCCCCCACCUAAAGCCUCUUUGAAAGGGGAAAUUAUUUGUAUUUUUUUAUAUAGGAGAAGGACCUUAUGUUUGUGGUUUUGUUUUGUUUUUUUACUUUCUGGUUUGGCACUGAUUACAGCCCAUAAAACCCCUCUAUUUAUCUGGGAGGAGUUCAAGUCCUGUACAAGGAAAUGACCUCUCUUGUUGCUUCAAGCCAGCACCCCUGACUCCAGUCUUGAGUGUUAUAACCUUUGGAGUCAGCCACAGAGCAAGAGGCUCAGUAUGAUAUUGCAGCAGGAGAUGUUUGAGGAUUUUUCUUUCUUCCUCUCCUGGGCCAAGGUGAGCCCUCCCAAGCCAGUGUUGUUACUUUGCAUUCAUUUAGGAACCAUCAGGGUUUCUUUUUCCUCAGAAAAAGCUGAGGGGAAGAAUGGAACAGAAGUCCUACCUGCUUUCUUUAAGCUCCAAAUAAAGGGGCAGUGGUAAUUUUUGCAUCAUGUAUUCAAGUGAACAGCCCCUUUGUGGAAUAUUUGUG